CAACUCACUGUGGCAAACUGACAAACACACUGUCAGUUAUAAACAUAAAAUGUAGUCUAAAAUAUUUGUUUCCCUAAUACUAAAAUUCUAUGGCAUCUACAGACAACAAUGAUGAAAACGACGACCAGCACUUCAUUCUAAGGUGCUUCCAGUUUAUCUCUUAUCCAUUUGUGGUAGUAAUAAAUAGGCUAGUAAGUGAUAUACAUUUUAUGGAACAGUUUUACAUAAAACUUUACAAUAUUUAUGCUUUUGUGUCACAGAUGUUUUUCUUCCUGUCAUGUACACUGGCAUUCAACGAGUAUAACGCCAGUAAGAAAGAAGAGGAAUUCAUUUUAACUGGUUUAAAAACACUGCUAUUUUACUCUGUUUUUACGUACUUUGCAUCAAAGACCCGGGAUAUAUUGUCACCAACACAUCCAUCACUAUUCCACAACUGGAACUUGACGGAAGGACUUUGCAGAAUAGUCAUUGAAUGGGCUAAAGCCAUAAUUGUUGUAAUUUGUCUUCGCGAGCAAGGAAUCUACUUUAAACCCAGUGUGCCUUACGCCAUUUUCACCUUCAGUUACUACCUGUGUACUGAAAAGAUAUUUACUGAAAUUUGUUUAAAAUUAUGUCAAUAUCUUGAUUUUGAUAUUUUUGACGAUUUGGAACACUUAUACGUUCCACUGGUGUUGAAUAUGUAUACAAUGGCACUAAGUCUUAUUAUUAACUUAUACUUACUUAUAAUCGCAGAAUUUAUGACGUUUACGUUUGUGUCCUGUUAUUUUACAAUAUAUAUCCGCCUAAAAGACUCCUAUUACAAUUAUUGGACAGUCGUUAAAUUAGCGCGAAAAACAUUUGAAAAUUUUCGAACUGCGAGUCAAAAAGAACUGGAAGAGUUUGACGAUGUUUGUGCAGUGUGCUUGAACAAGAUGAGCAAAGCAAAAAUAACUCCUUGCAACCACUUUUUUCACCCAAACUGUUUAAAAGAGUGCCUUAAAAGUUCAUUAUUGUGUCCUAUCUGCAAAGUUAGCUUCUAAAUAAAAACAACAUAUGAAUUGUCA